CUCCUCAUUUCAUCAUUCUCAAAACCCUCUCUCCUACUCCUUUUUCUCCAAUAUACUCAUUCACAUUCUUCAUAUUUAAGCAUAAGUUUUUUCUAUAUCUAUACAUGGAUCACCACCACCACCACCAAGUACUAUCAAUUUUUUCAUUCUUACUAACAAUUCAUCUAUCAAUAUCAGGUGUAAUUUCAACAACAUUCACUUUUGUCAACAAAUGUGACUACACAGUUUGGCCGGGACUUCUUUCAAAUGCAGGGGUUCCACCUAUUCCGACCACCGGUUUCGUUCUUCAAACCGGCGAAUCAACCACCGUAACCGCACCAACCUCUUGGGGCGGCCGUUUCUGGGGAAGAACUCUAUGCUCUCAAGACAGCACCGGAAAAUUCUCCUGCCUCACCGGAGAUUGCGGUUCCGGCAAAAUCGAAUGCUCUGGUAACGGAGCCGCGCCACCGGCAACAUUAGCAGAGUUCACUUUAGACGGAUCCGGUGGCCUUGACUUCUUCGACGUUAGUCUCGUCGACGGCUACAACGUCCCUAUGUUAGUUUCUCCUCAAGGUGGCACCGGCGAUAAAUGCACCACAACGGGAUGUAUUGAAGAUCUCAACGGCGCGUGUCCUUCGGAGCUUAGUGUGAUGAGCGUGGAUGGGAAAGAGAACGUCGCGUGUAAGAGCGCGUGUGAGGCUUUUAAUUCGCCGGAGUAUUGUUGCAGCGGCGCGUUUGGGACUCCGGAUACUUGCAAACCUUCUUCUUACUCUGAGUUGUUUAAAAACGCUUGCCCACGCGCGUAUAGCUACGCGUAUGAUGAUAAAACCAGUACUUUCACUUGUGCAAAUGCAGUAGAUUAUACCAUCACCUUUUGUUCUUCUCCAACUACAAGUCAAAAGGCAACACAAGGGCAAGACACAAAACAGGAAAGUUCAUCAUCUUCUUCGAAUUCCAACUCUGCCUCACCUCAGCUUAACAACGACAACACAAACACAAUGGUGUAUGAAGGUGGUUAUGAUCAGAAUGAAAUCUCACAAGCCAUGUGCACCCAUGUGCUCCUCCAUUCACAAAUUAUUGCCUACAUUAUUACCAUUACUAUAGCCAUUUGGCAGUUAUGCUAACUCUUAUAAUGACUUUUCCAUUCCUUGGUCCCAUAAAUCAUGUCCAUAUGGCCACACCUCCACCUUCAUUGAACAUAAUGCGGGACCCUCUUUAAAAAUUUGACUAUUUAGCAUGACAAUUUUUAAAUAUGGUCCAUGAAUUUGGCUUUCACUGACUAGGACAUGACUCAUUUCAAGGUAUUGCUUGCCUACUACUCGUUUCAACUUUCAAGCCGGAGACCCUACAACCCUUGAAAUUUUGUCAUAAAAUAAUUUUUAUUAUUUAUUAAUUCUAGUUAGGGAGAUUUGAUUUUUAUUCUUUUAUUUUUUAAUUCUAGUUAUAAUGUAUUUAUUUUGUGUAAUAGAUCACAAGGCAUAUUAUUAUUGAAUUCUUUGUAUGGUAGGUGGGAUUCAUUUAUUGGUUAGUGAAUGUAAUAUUUGGCUACAAUAAGAAAAUUCUUUGUAUGGUAGGUGGGAUUCAUUUAUUGUU